AGAAACGGAAGCUACUUGGGAGAAAAUUAAAUACGCAUGGCAAACUUGGGGAAAAUGUCACAGCUAGGUACUAAGAAAAGAAAACUAGACCGGAGUACAGAGGAUUACAUGUACUUUGACAGCUACUCCGAUGUCACCAUUCACGAAGAGAUGAUUGCAGACACUGUGCGCACGAACACGUACAGAAUGGGCAUUUUUAAAAACAGUAAGUCAAUAGAGGGGAAAGUGGUGCUUGAUGUGGGAGCCGGUACCGGCGUCUUGAGCUUAUUCUGUGCACAAGCGGGUGCCAGGAAGGUUUAUGCAGUCGAAGCGAGCUCGAUUGCCGAUCAGGCUGUGAGAAUCGUAAAACUGAAUCAGAUGGAGGACAGAAUAGAAAUCAUUAAAGCUACACUAGAGACGAUCGAACUAACCGAACAGGUGGAUGUGAUUGUCAGCGAGUGGAUGGGCUACGCGCUCCUCCACGAAUCCAUGCUGAACUCUGUGAUUUUUGCCCGGGAUAAGUGGCUCAAACCCGGUGGCCUCAUAUUACCCUCCCGGGCGGAUCUUUACAUCGCUCCCAUAAACGAUCUGGUGGUGGAGGGCAGAUUGAAUUUUUGGAGCACCGUUAAAGGACAGUACGGCGUGGACAUGUCCUGCAUGACCGACUUUGCCAGGAAGUGCAUCAUGAACAAAGACAUCACUGUGAAUCCGGUGACGGUGGAGGAUGUGCUCUCCCACCCCUGCAAGUUUGCCGAGCUGGAUUUGAACACAGUCACACUCGAGCAGCUCAGAGAUGUGAGGGGAGUGUUUCGCUGCCAGUGCUUCGGCUCGUCCUCCAUCCACGCCUUGUGCGUGUGGUUCACCGUGACUUUCCCCGCUGAGGAGAAGGCCCUGGUGCUCUCCACAUCUCCAUUCAAACCAGAGACGCACUGGAAGCAGGCUGUGCUGUAUCUGGAUGAUGCUGUGGAUGUGAUGCAGGACACUAAAGUUGAGGGGGAGAUCAGUUUGUAUCCCUCCGAGGAGAAUUCUAGACACAUAUGCAUCCAUGUGGACUAUGUGAUAGGUGAACAGAAAAAACACUCCAAAACCUUUACUAUUCCUGAUCAGUAUUUAGAAGUUAAAUAGAACUUAAGCCAUUAUAUAGCCUGUUUGUAGUUAUUUACCUAGUCAAAAAAAUUAAGGAAUGCUAAUGGUUUUUAUGGUAAUUUUGAAUUCAAAUUCAAUUUUUAAUCAAAUAAACAUAAAAAAUAAAAAAGAGUCAUAAAGAAUCCUGGAUUCACUGAAAUUCCUAUUUUCGCCCCUAGAAUUUAAGUUUAUCCAGUAGGAUCUUCUGUUGGUCUGGCAGUGUCUCAUUAAAAUAAUUUGUGAUUAGCUUCAAAUUAUGGUAAUAAAUAAUGAUAAAUUCCAUCAGCAUUCCUUUUGGAUGUUUUUGGUUUGUUUGUUUUUGUUUCAGCCCCUCUUGGUUUCACACAUGACAUACUUUUCACUAUGAAUUAUUCCUUGAAGUUGUAUGUUAAGUGUCCUGGAGGGGGGAUCAGGUUUAAACUCCUGUCUUUGGACAGCACGUGUGCAAAGUAAUACAAAAUAAACAAUGCUUGCCUGAGCUCUGUAAUGUUGCUUAUUGUGUAAAAAAAAGAAAAA